AUGGCUGUCGGCCCGACAAUUGGUACCGGCUUGCUCAUCGGCGCCGGCCAAGCUCUCGCGGUUGGUGGGCCUGCCUCGCUGUUCCUGUCGUAUAUAGUCUUAUCCUUCCUGACAUUCGCUAUGACCACGAGCCUCGCCGAAGUAUCCACCCACAUGCCCUCGCGACAUGGAACACUGAUCACCAAUGGCUACCUGUACUUGUCAAACAGCGUCGGAUUCGCUGCGUCAUACUUCCGGUGGUACACCCUGUCUCUGUUCGUCCCAUACGAGAUCACAUCCGCAAUGGUCAACCUUGGCCUGUGGAAAUCGGAUGCCAAGGUCGCGAUCAGAAUGUGCCUCAUAACUGCCAUCGUUGUCGGAACCAACUUCCUUCCGGAGAAGACUUUCAAACGCUCCGAGGGUCUCUUCACUUCAAUAAAGAUUGGUACAAUGGCAAGCCUGUUCGUGAUCUCUCUCGCUCUUGGCCUUGGAGGCGUGAAUGAGCAGACCCCGUGGGGUUUCAAGUACUGGAAACAUCCAGGCGCCAUGAAUGAGUACAUAGUUCAUGGUGCAUUUGGACGAUUCCUAGCCUUCAUCCAAUGCCUUCUCGAUGGCUCUAUCGCAUUCACGUUUGCUCCCGAAUUGAUUGUGCAUCGCGCAGAGAUGCCUGUAUCACUUGACGCGCCAGCAUCUCUAAGUGCUGCCAUCCCUGGUAGAGUGACAGCCGACGUUUUCACAACGGCAUUUCCGUAUAUCAUGAGCUCCUUGGCGAUGUCCGCCAUGGCACCUUCCAAUGACACGCGUCUGACAAACAACGGGACGGGCUCCGGGUUUUCUCCUUACGUGAUCGGACUCAAGGAUGCACAGAUUCAGGUGGUACCUAUGAUUGCAACAAUUGGGAUCCUGCUUUCUUCGGUGGCCUCUGGGCGCAGCUUUUUGUACCUCUCCUCGCGCUCACUGUGUGCAAUGUCGGAACUCGGGCAUGCUCCCUCCUUUUUUUCCACCCGCAACCGCUGGGAUGUGCCAUAUGUGGCUGUCAUAUCAUCCGCUCUGGUCUCCGCCGUUGCCUUCGCUUCAGUGAGAAUCACCAGUCCAGUCACAAACACCUAUCUCCUCCGGCUCAUCACGAGCGCUGGUUCCGUUUCUUCGCUUGUGUCAUGCGCCGUCUAUCAUCAAUUCAAUCAACAGCUCAAAGCGAACGGAAUCACCAAGCGUUAUGGAUUCUCCCUGCAGCCAUAUGGCACAUAUUUCGGAGUGUUUUUCAAUACCCUUUCGCUGCUUGUUGGUGGGUUGUGGGCAGGUCCGAAGGGUAAUCUGAUCGGAUCUCAAGGAGCACGGUUGGCGGUCUCCUACCUCAAUGUUGUCGUAUUCGGUCUCCUUUAUUUGGGUCACAGACUGCAAUAUUUCCAGCCCGUUGUCGAAAUUGAAAGACCGACCGAUAUGAAUGGACAGGAACAUUGGGACAGCGAUGGGCCAAGAGAACUUCGGGCACAGAAGACGGACCCGCAUAGGAAGAACCUCGAUACAAUUCCAGAGAGUCCUGAGGAUAUCGAGCUGCAACCCAGUCAGACAAUGUUCACAGACGUUUGA